ACGUGUCUAAUAGUUAGUAAAUACAUAUUAUUUUAUAUUUUUUUUCCCUUUAUAAUUGUUAAGUAAAAUAUAUAUUAAUUUAGGCUCGCUUCAAACAUGUUGGUUGGUGGUUUCAAGGCGUUUAUUUAGAGACCAAAAACACCAUCAAAAUGGGCGUGGCAUCAGACGGCUUUGCGAGCGGGUGGCGCGCGAAGAUCGCCGCUCUGAGGGAAUCCAGGAAGCUGGUGCUGGUCAUCGUCGCCAUCGCGUUGCUGCUAGAUAAUAUGCUGCUUACUACUGUUGUACCAAUAAUCCCGGAGUUUCUCUACGACAUCCGUCACCCGGACGCGCCGCUCUCCAUGUCCUUGGAAGACAUCACGCUGCCACCACCGUCACCCACGCCCUACUGCCCCUGUCUGCAGCAGAACACCAGUCUAGUGCAGAAUGAGACGCAACAUUUGAACCUGACGGUGCAGCGCGAGGAGAGACAUCAGGAGUUGAUCCACGAGACAGUGGCAGUCGGCGUCAUGUUCGCCAGCAAGGCGCUCGUGCAACUCCUCGCUAACCCCUUCGUAGGACCCCUCACACACAAGAUCGGUUACAGCGUCCCAAUGUUCACCGGCUUCAUUCUGAUGUUCCUGUCUACUCUGAUCUUCGCGUUCGGGCGGUCGUACUCGGUGCUGUUCAUAGCUCGUGCUCUGCAGGGCAUCGGGUCGUCCUGCUCCUCCGUGUCAGGCAUGGGCAUGCUGGCUGAGAGAUACCCUGAUGAUAAGGAACGUGGUAACGCCAUGGGUAUAGCUCUCGGCGGUUUGGCUCUAGGAGUGCUCAUCGGGCCGCCCUUCGGAGGACUCAUGUACGAGUUUGUUGGCAAGACUGCUCCCUUCCUGAUGCUGUCAGCCCUGGCUCUUGGAGAUGGAUUGCUUCAGCUGAUGAUCCUACAGCCAGGAGUGGUGCGUCAGGAGUCUGACCCGCCUUCUCUGAAGGCUCUCGUCUGCGAUCCUUACAUUCUUAUUGCUGCAGGAGCCAUAACAUUCGCGAACGUGGGCAUCGCGAUGCUGGAGCCGAGCCUGCCGAUCUGGAUGGCGGACACCAUGGAGGCGCGACGCUGGCAGCAGGGAGUCGCAUUCCUACCCGCCAGCAUCUGCUACUUGAUUGGUACAAAUCUAUUCGGACCACUGGGGCACAAGAUGGGUCGUUGGCUAGCAGCUUGCUCAGGACUGAUCAUCAUUGGCUUAUGUCUUAUUCUGAUACCAAUGGCGCGAAAACUUGAACACCUGAUCAUUCCCAACGCUGGUCUCGGCUUUGCCAUCGGCAUGGUGGAUUCUUCAAUGAUGCCUGAACUGGGCUUCCUGGUGGACAUCCGACAUGCCGCUGUGUACGGCUCAGUGUACGCUAUAGGAGACACUGCCUUCUGCUUGGGAUAUGCUGUUGGUCCUGCCCUAUCUGGCGCCCUGAUGAACAGCAUCGGCUUCGAGUGGAUGCUGGUCAUCAUAGCAGUGCUGAACUUCGGCUACGCUCCCUGUCUGCUCUUCCUCAGGUCACCACCGGCGAGGGAUGAGAAACAGAGCCUAAUAAUAAGCGACAAGUCCUCAGUACGCUACGUGAGCUACCAAAACGAAGAAGAAGAAUAAAGACUCCAUUUUGAUCCCGCCAUCUUGAAAUUUUAAACGCGGGAGAUUUUUUAAAAGGGGUUUGCUAUCAGAUAUAAUAUAAAUAAGGUAAUAUAUGUAUACUGUAGAUAAUUGCCCAUAAAUAAAAUGUAUAUUAAAUCAUAUCUAAAAAUACAUAUUUUACUAAAUAAUAUUUUAUGUCUAUCUUAUACAAUUUGUAACUAAAUCUUCUCUGUAUCCUUCCGACCAAUUUUUGCUCUGUGACCUGUAAAAACGUGUAUAUUUUAUGUAGAUCUGUAUAUUAAUGGCUUGUAGUUAUAUACAUAUAAAUUAUAUAAAUAAUAUAUUUAACAUUUAUACUACUCUUUAUGCCUGCCAAAAUUAUGGCACAAAUAUCUAUAAAUUGUGUAGGUAUUUACUUAGUUAUUUUUGAGAUAAAACACUUGAAAUCUUUGUAGCAAAAUACGCAACAACUUUAAGCAAUGUUAAAAGUAAUAAUCAGUCAGAAUAAUACUUGAAAAAAUAUCUAAAUAAAACCCUAUUUUUAGUUGGUGUUACAUGAUAUCGAAACAAAAACUUUCUUUUGAAAACUGUAAAAUAUCAUAUUAAUAUGCCAUUUAGAUCAGGGUGUAUAUUUUAGCUACGAAAAUGUAUAUCUUUUCAACGUAUUUACUAAAAUGUGUCUUUACUCUUCAAUGCGUAUAAUAUCGCUAUAAUACUGAUUCUACAAUAUGUAUAUGUAUUUUAAAAGAACCUAAUUGCAACUUAUACUUAAAAAAAUGAUUACCAAAUGUCAAAACAUAGUUGGAAUUGUUUUUAGUAUGUUGUCUAUUCAAUAAUGUAUACAUUUGAUAUUUGGCCUAUGAAAUGUAUAAUAUAUACCUAACUAUAUACCUAAUAUAUAUACUAUAUACAUUCCUUAUAUUAUGUAUAUUUCUUAAACUAUUACUAAAGAUUUAAUUUGCAAAGGUGACUUUGACAAUAUUUUUCAUUGUAAAUUUUUUAUUAUUAAUAUAUGUAUACCUACAAUAAUUAGGACAAUAAUAUACGAGUUUUGCGCAAAUAUAUUUAUACAUUUAUUUGAUAUAAAUAUAAUAUAUUAGACUAGAUUUAUUAAAUGUUGCCCAAAGACAUUAAAUUAUUUCUAAGUUGCCAAAAAAUAAUAUUACUCAUCUUUUUAUUGGAUUAAUGGACCAAAAAAUGUAGAUUUUUCUUUCAUAAUUCAAAUAUAUGAGCUUAAAAUAUAUAAUAAUGUUGUAAAUACGCAAUAAUAAUUUAAAUGACAAUAUGUAUCACAAUAAUAUACGCAUAAAUAUUAUUACACAUAUAGUUGUAAGAUAUAUCGCAUAGAGAUUUUUGCAAUUACCAGUUAUUACGUAUUAAAAAAAUAAAAUGGCGUCUUUGCGUCGGGAUUGGUUUAAAAAUUGUGCUAAUAAGUAUGUAUAUCUUUUUCAUCCAUUUUCAAAUAAUGGCUGUUUCCAAUAAUCUAUCUUCUGUUGUUUAGAUUACCUACUAGAGAUAGGAAUUUGAUAUUAAGUCAAAUUUUCAAAUUGUUUGUUACUGUUUGAUAAGCACCUAUACACAAAAUAAAUGGCUGGUUAUUCCAUGAAUCUCAUAAAUGUAUAUAAUAUUUUUUUGUAGAUAGUAAUUGUAAUUAAUUGCUUAAAUUUUAUGGAAUUUACCAAAACGAAAAUAUUAAUAAUUAUAGUGAAUAUAUUUAU